AUGAAUUAUCCGAGAUAUACCUUCACACAAGCCCAAAGUGUAUGUGAAUCACUUUGUGGUAAUCUUGUAUCCAUCCACUCCGGAAAUGAAAUGAGAUACAUCAAGAACUACUACGCUCCCCGGUCGACCGAAUCCAUCUACAUCGGCGCGAUUACAGUAUCCGGGAAGUAUAACAGUUGGACUGACGGAACCGCAUGGGAUUACAAUAAUAUUGACAACUCGCAGUCCUGGCAGGCAACUUCAAACUGUAUGAUGGUAUCCCUCUCUAGCAAUGGAACCCAGACAAACGACGCUUGGUAUCAUACCAGUUGUGAUACCGCCAGACCGUUCAUGUGCAAGCGGAAGGUUGGCACUGAUUGUGGGUCUGACUACUCGACUACCACACUUUCAACAGGGAGUCCUAGCCCGUCGGACACAACUCCAACCUGUACCAGUUUUCUUAUGUCACCUGGUACCUUCUCCUCCCCUGGCUACCCUGGAAACUAUACCAACAACUUGAACUGCGCUUUCACAUUGGCUACACUUGGAGCCUAUAGAAUCCGUCUCUCGUUCAACUCAUUCGUAACUGAAAAUAACUAUGACAAAGUGAGAAUUUAUGACGGAGACUCUGCGGAUAGUCAGUUCAUGGCACAGCUUACCGGAGCACAGAACUCACCGCUAUACUAUGAAUCUACUGGAAACAUGAUGUAUGUGACGUUCACCACGGAUGGAAGUGUUGUGAUGCAAGGAUUCACCGCUAACUUUUUGUCAUUGAUUUAA